CGGAAGAACUGCGGUGACAGCUCCUGGGUGCCCUUGUUUGGCAGCUCGGUUGGCUGUGAGGGAGCUCCGAUCUCCUCCCCGGGAACACAUAAUGCUGCGGGCCUCAUGCACUGUGUGCCGGAGUUUGAUAAAUAAGCGUUCUCUUGAAGAAGCCAAACUCCCCUUGCAGAAGCUACAUUCCCGUAGAGUUCACCAAUAUUCUUUUUCAAGAUUAAGAAAUCAGAAGCCAUUACCCAGGACCUCGACUAAAUACUAUUCAUCUUUGUCACGUCUCCCAUUAAGGAGAAGCAGACUUUUGCCAGCCAGUUAUGGAUACCAAAUUAAACGUAACUUUUGGAUCGCUAGACUGGCAUCGCGGGUGUUGAAACUCCGUUAUCUUGUGUUGGGAUCUGCUGUUGGCGGUGGAUACACAGCUAAAAAAACAUAUGAUCAAUGGAGAGAUAUGUUUCCUGAUCUUAGUGAAUAUAAAUGGAUUGUACCGGACUUUGUAUGGGAAUUGGAUGAACACAUCGAUUUUGAUAAAUUUAGAAAAGCACUCCCAGAUUCUGACGAACUAGCUAAACUUCUGCCUGAUUUUGAGAAGCUGGGUGAAAGUUUUAGCUUAUUAAAAGGAUGGCUUUCAUCAGGUCACAAUUUGGUUAGUGAAGUCAUAGGAGCUUCUGAUCUGCUACUGUUGUUAGGUUCAGGAGGGGAGACUGCCUUUAAAGCUUCAGAUAGUCAAGGUUUUGAAAAUGAAAAACAAUACAAAAAGGGUUUGCUUGGUGAACUCAUUCUAUUACAAGAGCAGAUCAAGCAGCACGAAGAAGAGGCACGCAGGGCGACCGGGAACAUUAACACAGGCACCUCACAGCAAAAGCGCAAGGUCUCUGACAAAGAAAAGGUUGACCAACUGCAAGAGGAGCUCCUGAAAACUCAACUAAAAUACCAGCGAAUUCUUGAGCGGCUAGAGAAAGAAAACAAAGAUUUGAGGAAAAUAGUACUCCAAAAGGAUGACAAGGGAAUUCAUCAGCGGAAAAUGAAGAAAUCCUUGAUUGAUAUGUAUUCAGAAGUUUUGGAUAUAUUGUCUGACUAUGAUGCAAACUACAACACCCAGGACCAUUUACCAAGGGUGAUUGUAGUUGGUGACCAGAGUUCAGGAAAAACAAGUGUCCUGGAAAUGAUUGCACAGGCCAGGAUCUUCCCUCGUGGAUCAGGAGAGAUGAUGACUCGUUCUCCAGUGAAGGUAACUUUAAGUGAAGGUCCACACCAUGUUGCUGUGUUUAAAGACAGUUCACGGGAAUUUGACCUAACCAAGGAAGCAGAUCUUGCAGCUUUAAGGGAUGAAAUAGAGGUUCGCAUGAGGAAGAGUGUGAAGAAUGGACAAACCGUUAGCCCUGAGACUAUCUCCUUAAGUGUGAAGGGUCCUGGCAUUCAGAGGAUGGUACUUGUUGAUCUGCCGGGAGUCAUCAGUACGGUAACAUCAGGCAUGGCUCCAGAUACCAAAGAAACAAUCUUCAGCAUCAGUAAGGCUUACAUGCAGAAUCCAAAUGCUAUCAUUCUCUGUAUCCAAGAUGGUUCUGUGGAUGCAGAGCGAAGCAUUGUAACAGACCUUGUAAGUCAAAUGGAUCCACAGGGGCGACGAACCAUCUUUGUUUUAACAAAAGUUGACCUUGCAGAGAAAAAUGUAGCUAGUCCAAACAGGAUUCAGCAGAUAAUUGAAGGCAAAUUGUUUCCAAUGAAAGCUCUUGGGUAUUUUGCCGUGGUUACAGGGAAAGGCAACAGCAAUGAAAGCAUUGAAUCAAUUAAAGAUUACGAAGAGGAGUUCUUUCAAGCAUCCACACUUUUAAAAAAAGGAAUGCUCAAAGCACAUCAGGUGACCACCAAGAACUUAAGUCUUGCGGUUUCUGAUUGCUUUUGGAAAAUGGUUCGAGAGUCUGUUGAACAACAGGCUGAUGCUUUCAAAGCAACUCGUUUCAACCUUGAGACGGAGUGGAAGAAUAACUACCCCCGACUACGUGAGCUAGACAGGAAUGAGCUGUUUGAAAAAGCAAAGAAUGAGAUCCUUGACGAAGUCAUAAGUCUUUCUCAAGUCACACCAAAACACUGGGAGGAAAUUCUCCAAAAGACUUUGUGGGAACGAGUCUCAACGCAUGUGAUAGAGAACAUCUAUCUCCCAGCAGCCCAGACAAUGAACUCAGGCACUUUCAACACCACAGUGGACAUCAAGUUGAAACAAUGGACCGACAAGCAAUUGCCUCAUAAAGCAGUAGAGGUGGCUUGGGAUACUCUUCAGGAAGAAUUUUCCCGUUUCAUGACCGAGGAAAAAGGGAAAGCACAUGAUGACAUAUUUGACAAACUUAAAGAGGCCGUAAAAGAUGAGGGCAUCAAGAGGCACAAGUGGAAUGAACAAGCAGAAGACAGUCUGAGAGUCAUUCAGCACAAUGCUUUAGAGGACCGCUCCAUUGGAGACAAACAACAGUGGGACGCAGCCAUCCAUUUUAUGGAGGAUACACUGCAGAGCCGCUUAAAAGACACUGAAUCUGUUAUUCGUGACAUGGUGGGUCCUGACUGGAAAGAGAGGUGGUUUUCAUGGACUUCUCGUACUGCAGAACAGAAUAUUCGCAAUGAAACUAAAAAAGAACUUGACAGGAUGAUGAAAGUUAACGACGAUCAUCCGGCAUAUCUUGCUAAUGAUGAAGUCACCACAGUCAGAAAGAAUCUAGAAUCCCGGGGAGUGGAAGUUGAUCCCGUUUUGAUAAAAGAUACAUGGCAUCAAGUUUACAGAAGACAUUUCUUAAAAAACGCUCUCAGCCACUGUAAUCUUUGCAGGCGAGGAUUUUAUUACUAUCAAAGGCAUUUUGUAGACUCUGAGUUGGAGUGCAAUGAUGUGGUCCUUUUCUGGAGGAUACAACGGAUGUUAGGAAUCACUGCUAACACCUUAAGGCAGCAGCUAACGAAUUCAGAAGUAAGACGCUUAGAGAAGAAUGUGAAGGAAGUAUUGGAAGACUUUGCAGAAGACAGCGAGAAAAAGGUUACCUUGUUAACCGGGAAGAGGGUCCAACUAGCAGAAGAUCUCAAAAAAGUCCGGGAAAUACAGGAAAAACUUGAAGCCUUUAUUGAAGCCCUUCAUCAGGAGAAGUAGGAGCAGUUUACCAAAUAGAUAAAUUCUUAGAAAAUGAAGACAUUUUGGAUUUCCAACGUUCUGCUAAACAGACCCGAACAAGUGCUGGAAUUCAGAAACAAGAGGGAACUGUGUCCGAUGUAAAGACGAGAAAGCUUUCAAUGUCCAUACACCAUAACAAAGAAUAUGGUUGUUUGUUGCCACUGUCCUGUGCUUUAUUCUGCACCUUAUCCUACCUUACACAAGCAAAAUGCCUUGGGGGAAAUUGUCAUUUUACCAUUUGUACAUAAAUCACUAGCGCUGUGAAUACUAUCUUCUGUUUCAAUUGCUGUAUAUUUAAAUUUUGUCCGUCACUUAUGUCUCAAGUAGCAGCAUUUGUUUUCAUAUGAAAUUUAACUUUGCAACUGCAAAUAAUGAAAUGAAUUUUGCUUCAUUCUUAAAUUCUGUUUUAUAUACCUAGUACCAGGAAGGGAAAGCAAUGUACUUAUUCACGAGUUUGGAAUUGUAACACUUUGAGUCCCAUUCAGGGAAAGAGGGCUUUAAUAUGAAUUUGUUAUUCUGUUGUGUCAUAAUGUCUGCUGCUUUGUAAUUAGAUGAACCGAUGAAUUCUAGUCAAAGCAGACUAAUUUAUGCAGUGUAAAUAUGUGUAUCCAGCCCAAUCUACUGCUGUCACGUGAUCUUUUUUGCUUGGACAUUUCUGAAGGAUCAAAUAAAAGAGCACUUACUGUAAGCCUGCAAUUAAAUUAUUUAACUGCCUAUAAUUCCCCUCUUUGUAAAAUACUUUAAAGGAACACUUUAGUGUUAGGAAUACAAAGAUGUAUUCCUACCACUAAUAUUUUCCUCUGCCCCCGCAAACCCACCUCUCCCGACGAAAGCAUUACCUCAGUUCUGUCCUAUGGGGUUUUCCUUGACGCUGGAUGCCCACUUGCAGAGUGUGAGGACAUACAGUGUUGAUUCACAGAUUCUAAAACUGCAAUUUUGUGCAUUGCAGGGCUAAGGGGAACAGGGACACUGAACCAAGAACACUUCAAUGAGAUGAAGUGCUCUGAAUGCAUAUAAUGUCCCUUUAAACUUCUAUUGAAAAAAAGCAGUGUUGUUUUUAAAGUUUAUUGGCACUUUAAAUAUGUUAAAGGAACACUCCAAGCAUUGACUCUAGCAAUUAUGGUGUUUGGAGUGCUAAUUUGACCAUAAAUGUCCUUUAAUUACAUUUCUUGUCAUAUUAGUCUCUUUAUAUUGAUAUAGACAUAUAUAAAAGGGAUUCUAAGGUGGGGGAGGUUAUUAAUAUUGCUAGUCUAUGUUAAUCUGAUGGUUUAUAUUAAGUGAAUUGUUUUGCAUGUGACAGCCAGUUCACACUCAUAUUUACAUGAUGCACUGCAUAUAGUACAUUUUUGGGCCGUUUUUUUGCCAGAAUCUCUCCUCUUGCUUAAAGUAGGGGGAGGGUUAAUGUUCAAAUUACAGCACAUUGCUUACUUUGCAUAUGUGUGCCCAAACUCAAGUAAAACAAAAAUAUGUUUACAUUUUGAAUAUUGCACAUUAUUACAUCUUGUAGUGUGUAAUUGACACCCUGUUAUCUCUGAUUUGACAAAACAUGUUUUGUUAUUUUACCAUUCAUUGUUUAGAGAUCUGGGUCCCCUCUUGGGCUUCAAGGCUCCCUGAUCGUCUGGUGACAUGCUUCUGCAGAGACAUGGAAGCUGUGGCGUUUGCCAUUCAUUGGCUGAGAGCAUAAGGUGACCGCUCUCUACCAACGACCGACGUUCUGUGCAAUGAAAGCUGCACAGAAUUGGCGUUAGUCAGAACAGACCUCUAGUUCAAGGCUGGCUGAUCACAGUGCCAGUAGGUGGCGUUACACAUCUGGCUGCAGAGGGAUUAAACUCUGUGCAGUGUUUCAAACAAAAUGCUGCACAUGACAUGCAGAUUCCAAGCACCAUAACCACUUCAAAUCACUGAAGUGGUCAUAGUGCCUGGAUUAACAUUUUAAUUUGGCACAACAGCAUUUGUUGAUACAACAAAUGUUUGGACUGUCUGAGUAUCAUGGGAAUCGUAACCCAUGAAUGUAUGUAAUUGCAUUAUUAUCCGUCUCUGGUUUUCAUGAACGCCUUAAUAUUUUGAAGCCUUUAAGGUAAGGAUAACUAACUUCUCUCUAAGCCUAUUUAACAUUGUAAUAAUUUCUGUCUUAAUUAAAUCUAAAUGUUUUAAGCAAUAAGAGAGAUAGACAUUUCAGCUCAUAAGAGGAACCUUUCUCAAGCUGAGAAGCCAAAAUGUUGCAUGGACUAUCCUACUAUAUUUGCCUGAAACAUCUUCAUGUGACCAUUCUAAUUUCUUUAUUAAUACUGUUUUGCUGGGUUUUGUCUGCCGUAACCAGGAGGCACUUUGAAUGCUAUUCUUCAGCAUGUGCCACCCCAUUUAUACACACUAGAUCAAAAUAAAAACAAACUUUAUAUAUAUUUUGGAAAAUUAAAUAAUUUAUGAAUACAUUUCACCUACAGAAUUCAAUGGUACCAUACCUGUAGUGUUUUUAUAUUUUAAUCACACUCCAGAAAGGGGAGUGGGGGGGGGGACCGAUUCACAGGUUUAAAAUAUCUUAAGACAAUUUAAAAUCUUUUAAAAAACAAUUACAAAGCAUAAAUAAAUAAAUAAAAAAGCUGAGCUUUAUCGCUUAACAUAUUAAUGGUUAACUUAUGCACUCCUAUUAUUAUUCUAAAUCCGUAUGCAAGGUUUCAGCUGCAUAAUUAACCUGUAAAUUCUCAAGUUUCUGAAUAUACUUAAAGCAACGUAUUUCUCUGUGGACAUUUAUAAAACAUAUAAUGCAUUUAAAAUCUGUUGUUUUUUUCCCUAAGUAUAUAUAUUUCUUAUAUAAAUGUACUAUUUUAGGUAGUAUGACAUACAUCUGAUAACGUCACUUUCAAAAUAAUUUUCACCAUAUCAAAAUACAUUUUCAGUAUCAUUAAGACAGACAGUCAGUUCAGUGUUAUGUACGAAGUUUCCCCAGUUGCAACUUGUAAAAAUAUAUAAGAAUGACUAUUAGUAGUAUUUGUAACAUCCAUAAUUCUAAAAGGUCUAAAUGAAAUGUAUAUCUGAUUUCAAAAAGGCAAUUCUCAGACUGGACAUGUAGAAUUCACAAAACAUGUAAAGUGGGGUGUUUUGUGUGCUUGGUUCCCGAAAUGCUUUCUGAAUUCUCUGCAAAAUGAAAUGUCAAACGGUCUACUUAAUUAAAUGUGUGAACUAGUAAUGUAUGAAGCAUGAUGUAUAAAACAAACCUUGGGUAUUUAUUAAAUGACAAUGUAUUUGGACAGAAGGCAAAUAAAAUAAUUUUGACAAUUGUA